GAGAGAGAUAGUCUGAUAAAGGACGGAUGAAUUGCUGAAGAAUCAGACUAACUACAGAGACACGCAGGGUCAGCGAUAAUGACGUAGGCAUGAUGUUCAACUUCGAGCGUUAAGCGCAUCUAUCGCGCGCCUGAACAAGUUGAUGAAGAGACUCGCCGGCGCGUCUGAAGCUAUCAACCAGCAGCGCUGAAGGCUCCUCCGCUCAUAUAAAGUACAUUGAUGUCGACAGCGAUGGUGUGCGCGUAAUUUCAGCACUUGAUUAAAAGGCAGCUCCCGUUUAACGGCUUCCCUGUCUGGACUCAAUCUCAAGAGCAGUUCUUUUCAGUAGUAUUCGAACACUCUUGCACGUAGAAACAUUACCACUGUCAUCACAUUUCUAGUGUUCAUCUAACUGAGAUCCAUAGUCUGGGACCUUCACUAAAUAUGUACCAGGGGCAUUUGCAGAAGAAGGAAAGUCAUAUACAUCUGGGAUGGUAUGAGGGGGAAAGACUCUAGGGCUGCAGAUAAGACUGUUGCCAUGGUCCUGAAGGAGAUACCCAAUAAGGCGUCCUCAGAAGGCAAACCCCUCCUCACGGUGACAAACAAGCUGGUGAUUGAGCAACAAGAGAGCCGUCCCUUGCUGAGCCCUUCUAUCGAUGACUUCCUCUGUGAGACCAAAUGUGAUGGAGCUGCCCGCCCAGUAACCUCCAACACAGCAGUGCUGUCCUCCUCUUUGGACCUGCUGGAUCUGAGUGAGCCUGGUGAGAGAAGACACAGCAAAGACAGGAAGAGCCCACUUUCUUCUAAGGGCACACCGUACAGGAAGAAUCCUGAUGAAACAGAGCUGAUCCAGGUGGACGUUGAACAGAGUAUACCCUGUUCCCACACACCUGAAAAAGUUUCAUUGGACCCAGUAGCAGUUUCAUCUUCAUUGGAGAAAUGGGAAGAACUCAACCCCCAUCCAGAGCGAAAUGGUAGCAGAAAGUGGAAAUUUGAGAGAAGACGUUCAUCAAAGAAUUCUGGGGAAUUUGUGUGGUCCAUGGAUUGCAAGACACUAGACACAGUCCCCAGGAACUCCCUGGAGGUAAAUAAUAAAGUAGAGGCAGAGGCUGCGCCAGUAACUCAACUCAACAGGCAAUUUGUUAGUGGAAGACAUGGCCGUUUGAGCAAAGACCAAAGGUGGGGUAGCACACUACUGUCCAGAAACCAGUCUCUGGAGGAAGAGUUUGAGAGAGCCAAAGCAGCAGUAGAGUCAGACACAGAGUUUUGGGAUAAGAUGCAAGCGGAAUGGGAAGAGCUCGCUCGGAGGAACUGGCUAACAGAGAAUGAGUGCCCACAGAUUCCCUCCAAUGUGUCUCCUUAUGAAAAGGGAUACUACUUCCAUACAGAUAACCCUUUCAAAGACUGGCCUAAUGCUUUUGAGGAGGGAUCACGGAAGUCGAAGGAGGGAGACCUGCCUAACGCUGUGCUGCUUCUGGAAUCAGCUGUCUUGCAGGAUCCUCAGGAUUCUGAGGCUUGGCUGGUGUUGGGAACCACACAAGCAGAGAAUGAGAAUGAGCAGGCAGCAAUUGUCUCCCUCCAGAGGUGUCUGGAAAUUCACCCCAAUAACCUCCAGGCCCUCAUGGCACUGGCAGUGAGCCUAACCAACACGGGCAUGAGGCAGGAGGCGUGUGAGGCUCUGCUGGGCUGGAUAAGGCACAACCCCAAAUACAAACAUCUUCUGAAGAGCCGCACGCACCUGCAGGGCUCACCUGGAUCACGGAGACUCUCAUAUCCCUCCUCAACUGGCUGCCCCCUUCUGCCUGAGGUGAAGGAGCUCUACCUGGACGCUGUCCAGCAGAACUCAGACACUAUUGACCCAGACCUGCAGACUGGGUUGGGCGUGCUGUAUAAUCUCAGCUCUGAGUUCAACAAAGCAGUAGAAGCUUUCAAUGCUGCACUGUCAGUGCGGCCUGAGGACUACCUGCUGUGGAAUCGGCUUGGGGCAACGCUGGCUAAUGGAGAUCGCAGUGAGGAAGCAGUAGAGGCCUACACCAGAGCCCUGGAGCUGCAGCCUGGCUUCAUUCGGUCACGUUACAACCUGGGCAUCAGCUGCAUUAACAUGGGUGCUCACAGGGAGGCAGCCAGGAACUUCCUGACAGCUCUAGGUCUGCAGAGGAAGAGCAGGAGUUGGCAACUUUCACACCAGGUCAUGUCUGGAAACAUCUGGGUGGCCCUGCGGAUAGCACUGUCCAUGCUGGACCAGCCUGAGCUCUUCCAGGCUGCCAACAUAGGGGACCUUGACUUACUCAUGAGAGCUUUUAACCUGGAUAUGUGAGCAAGUAAACCAUUUAACCUUGGCAAAAUCCAAAGUCCUUUAAGAGAAGAACUUUCAAAAUUUGGUACAGACAAAAACGUUUUGUCACCGCAGAGCACCUUUAUGUUCUUGAGAACUGUGAGUGCUGGACGGUACAAUUUUAAUGGAUUUGCACUGCAGUUUAUGAGUUCCCAAAAGAGCACAAUGCCGGGCGAAGAUUGUACGAGUAUGCCUUAGAGAAAAUAUCUGCUAGACCUGCAAUGUAAACAGUGGAAGCCAGUGGAAAAUUUGAUUAGUCGAACACAUUUUAUAUUAGGUGGCCUUAACUACUAUGUACUAACAUUAAAUACAUACAAGACUAUGUAUUUACUGUGUAACUACAUGUUGUUCUGCAAAAUGCCCACAAUUGCUGCUACUGAGGUUGAGGUACGGAAAGGUUUAGGGUAGGGUUAGGAUUUAGGGUUAGAGUUAGGUUUUGGGGUAAGGGUUGGGUUAGGGGUAAAGUUAACCGUGUAACUAUAAAUGUAAUUAAAUGCAAGUACUUUAAAUGUAAUUACAAUGCAACAACAGAAUACAUAAUAAGUACAUUGUAUCAAAUGGUUAUAAGUACAUAGUAGUUAACGCCACCUAAUAUAAAGUAGGUCCGAUUAGUCUCUGAAAUGGUCAAUUCCAAAAUUGACCAGAGGAACCCAUGUGCAAGAAAAGCAUUGUUUCAAUCCUCAGAGGACAUCCUUAAUCUAUAAUGACUUGAUUAGAAAUGUACUUUAUAGACUUCAUCUGUUGGUUCACUUGCACUCUUUAUUUGAGAUGGUGGGGCUAUUUUAAAAGAGACUGAAGUAUUUUUGGUGGCACUUAGUUAAACCCUGAACACUCCCCACCUGAUCUUUGCUGCAUCAUCCCUUUAUUUCCUGGAGCCUGCAGACCAGAUUACAAAGCCUUACUUAUCCUGCAUGUAAAAAGGUUUUAUUAGUAUGUUAUCAGAUAAAAGCCAUUCCUUGCCAUACUUUGACCUCUUGAAAUAACUGGGGGGAAAAAAUCGGCUACAUCAAGAUCUUUUUGUGAAACUUACCAUUUCUUAAAUUGUUAUAUUAAUUAUUUUACUAGAUACACACAUGAUGCAGAGAAUUCAGAUUUACUGCCCGUUUUGCCUGAAUUUACUGCCUGGAUUUCACUAGAAAAAGUGACACUAUUUGAAAGUAAACUGCCCAAAAUCUAAGAUAAAACCCUUCCAGUUUUUGAGUUUUAUAUAGUGUUCAGCAUCACGUUUUAUGCCCUAAUAUUAUCAAUAGCAGCUUUUCCACCAUCGGGCUGAAUGGAUCUCAUUUCGAAACCAUUCCAUUUCAGACCCUGUUUUUUUUCCACUGUGGUGCUGGAAAAUCAGGAACAGGGACUAAAAAAAACGGUUCAAGUAACAAAAACCAAAUAAUUGUUUUUCAUAAUGUAACCAAAAACAGGAACAAAAUCCCUUUCAAUUGUUUUGGAGUGAAAACGUUAUUUUAAAUGCUUGUAACCGGUUAAUAACCAGUUAAUUUUGUUCCAAGAAUUUUUUUCAUGAACCAAAGACCAAAUGGUUUAUCACAGUACAUUUUUGGAAUAACACCACUGCCUGUUCCCUGAAAAAAAAUGAGGCAUCUCUUUUUAUACUGUUUUGCUCAGAACGAACCGAAAUUAAAAAUAUUUCGAUUUUAGUCCCUGGAUCAGGAAUGCACAUAAGAAAUACAUUAGUUGGCGAUUGCAUGAGAGGUAAACAUUGUAGCGAGGUAAAAGUUUCCAGAAUAGUUAAAAAAGAUUUUUUUUUUACUAAAUGUUAUAUGAAUAAUAUAUUGAUAUAUUAUAUGAGUUUUAAUGAUCUAGCUAGAGUAAUGAAAAAGGCAUGCAGAAAAAUAUUGUACUAUACUAGUUAAACCAUCAUUAUAAAAUUAUAAGAUACACAAAGCAUAAACUAAUUUUUAUUAACUUUUAUUAACUUCACCCAAAUAUUAGCUAACUUUGCCAAUUACCUUGGCAUAUUGACAAUCGUGAGUCGCCAUACUACAAUCAUUCCACCAGCACAGUUAAGCACGGUUAAGCAUGGAUAGCUAACCCUGCUGAGUAAUCCGGGCCAAGAAUGGUUUGCAAUCAUACCUUGCCGAACCGUGCUCAAGUGGAAAUUCUAUUGGAACCGUCCGGCCGGAUGGUGGAAAAGCACUUAAUGUUACUCACAUAAGCUUAUUGUGGUUGAUGUCCAGCUUGCAUGAGUUCUAAUUUUGCUCAUUGUUGCAAAAACGCAAGUGCUUAGUGUCGCAUACGUGCUUCAAUAAUAGUACAUAGAAGUGAAUGAUUUUAAAUGCUAUGCAAAACCUAGACAGAUUUUUCUUUCCUCAUUCAGCCAAAAACAGAAGAAAAGACAAAGAACUAAGACACCAGAAAGUUUUACUUGCUUUGUCAACUGGUUCACAAAAUGUGAUCUUCAAAGCAUGCAAGAUUAAUUUAGGUAUUGAUGAUGUAUGUAUCUGAUUUAAAAAGUCAGUGAUCCAGCUGAUAUUUAGUACCUUACAUUUUGAUUCUUCCUACACAAAUUGCAAGAAUUCAUUUUAAAAACAACCUUAAUGAAAAACCAUGUAAAGCCAUUCAAACAUCCAUUAUCAAGUGUUAUUUAUUUAUUUUAUAUAUUUAUUUCAUUACUGUGCUAUGUAUUUAUUUUAGUAUUCUGUGUCCAAAAUAUUUGGAAAGUCCAGUAUAUGCUCAUUGAUACAGUUAAGAAAGGCUUGUGCUUUGUAGCUGAAUGCUAGAUUAUAGAUUAUGUCAUGCCAAAACUCCCCUUUUUUAGAACUUCAUACAAUCUCAGGUGUGAUCACCUAGAUGAAUUCAUGCUCCAGAAGUACUCCUGAUGUGAGAAGACUGCAUGCUGAAAAUACUUUUCUGAAUGCUGUAGAUUUAUUUAUAUGCAUGAACUUGACAUGCCUAUUUUAAUCUAUACCCUUCAUUUCUAUUACUUGUAUUUCUCUAUAAUCACAAUAUUUUGCAUUUCAAAACAUAUAUUGAUCUAAUUCUAAAGAAUAGCAUAUAAUCGUAACAUAUAGAAAUAACAAGCAGUUUUUUUGCAAUGCAGUGGGUAAUCUGAACAAGACGUUCUUUAUAGUCACUUAUAUUACUACUCUUGGAAUAGCCAGAUUUACAGCCGUUAUGCAUACAUUAUGCAUCAAUCAGAACUGUGUUUCUGAUUUUGUACAUGCAAACUGAAUCUGAAUGUUUGACAAAGGCUUCAUUAACUCUGGCCCAAUAUUUAAACAUAGCAAAAGAAGAUCCAGCAAACAUAUACAAAUGUUAUCUUUUAAAAUAAAUUAUUGUAAUAGAUUUCAUAUGCCUAUUUGU